CUAACUAAUGUCCCAAGCUGCUUUCAUGAUCUUGGGCUCUCAUGGGUAAUACAAUUUUCUAGGCUCAUAAAACUCUAUAAGACCAUAUAUUGCAAAGUAUUUGAUUAUCCCAAGUAUCGAAAGACUUUGAAUGAUCUUCACCAAGCAGAAACCUGCUUUAAGCGGUUGAGGUUUAAGCAGGCUGCCGUACGCGGGGCAUCAUAACUCAAAACAUUCUUUCCAUCAACCCCACCAACGACAUCCACUAUCAAGGUAAACUGCUCCUCCUCAGCGACAUAAUUCCAAACUUCAACUACAAUGGCAGACUCCAAACCCUCCAGUAACUCAUCACGAACCCAUCAGAUUCUCUCCGCGACCUACAACUCACCCACAAACGCACCCUUCACGCAUACGACCAAGCUCCCAACUCCAGCAACGACAGCUCCCAAAGACCGAACUGCCUACCUCUCCUCCCUCAAAGCCGCAGUUGCCGACCUCCAAGAUGAUAUCAACACCGACCUCACCUCGCGAAUGGAAGAAGAUAAAGCACGCGAAGCCUCAGCGAAUGGGACCUCAAGAUCAAAGGCCAAAGGAGUGGACGAGUCUAAAGAAGAAGACAACUACGGAGAAGAGGUCGUCGAAGAAGAUUGAAUCCUCGUUAGAUGCAUUGAAUCUCUGAUUACACGGCUUCGCUGCCAUAUAUACACGAAAGAGAACACCAGCAGCAG